AUGAGUGUAAGGGAAUACGCUAUGAUAUCCACUCAACUAUCCAAGUAUGCUCCUUUCAUUGUGGAGGAUCGUAGGGAUAAUAUGAGUAAGUUUAUGCCGGGAGUGUCCGACAUGGUAGUCAAACAGUGCCGCACCGCUAUGCUUGUCGUUGACAUGGACAUUUCCUGCCUUAUGGUGCAUGCCCAACAAAUCGAGGAAGAAAACAUCAAGGAAAGAUCUAGAGAGGCAAAUAGAGAAAGAGUGGAUGAUAGUAACUAUUCACAUUCUAGGUCUGAUGGACGGGGCCGUUCGAGGUUUCUACAAAAGUUCUUCGGGCAAGGUUCUUCAAGUGCUCCUCCAAGGCGUAAUACUGAAAGGGUAUCUAUCCCAAAACCUCAAGGAGAUGGUAAUAGGUCUUCUAUGCCUACUUGUGCUAUAUGUGGGAGAAAUUAUGAAGGGAAGUGUUUAGCGGGUUUUAAUACUUUCUUUGGUUUUGGGAAGAUGGAUCACAAAAUAAGAAAUUGUCCUUUGGUUUCAAAAAAUGAGGGAGAUGUUCAUCAUAGGGCUCAACCCUACCCUUCAUCCGGUCUGAGUGGUUCGGGUUGGAAUGCUCCUAAGUAA